AUGAAUGAACAGUCAGAAAAGAACAAGGCCACGCAAGACGGAUGCACAGGUCAAAGCUCUUCUGAGAAAGACUGUCAGAUUGGACAAAAGCAGCUGCAACAGAUAGAGCGGCAGUUAAAAUGCUUGGCGUUUCAAAACCCUGGACCACAGGUAGCGGACUUUAAUCCUGAAACAAGGCAGCAGAAAAAGAAAGCUCGGAUGUCAAAGAUGAAUGAGUAUUUUUCUGUAAAAUACAAAGUCAGGAAGAAGUACGACAAAAGUGGCCGGCUGAUCUGUAACGACGCCGACCUGUGUGACUGCCUGGAGAAGAACUGUCUGGGCUGCUUCUACCCGUGCCCCAAGUGCAACUCCAACAAGUGCGGGCCCGAGUGCAGGUGCAACCGCCGGUGGGUCUAUGAUGCCAUCGUCACCGAAUCCGGGGAGGUGGUCAGCACGCUGCCAUUCGCCGUUCCUGACUAGGAGCUGUUCCCUGGGGCUCUCUGU